GCCCGGGAGCGGCGGCAGCGGCCGGAGGCCGGGGAGGCGGCAUUGGCGGAGCUGGGAGGCGGCCCCGGCGCAGGAUUUGUCGUUGCCAGGGCGUGGCUGGAUGGAGGAGGAGGAAAAGCCCCAGAGAUCCUGCAGGAGGAGUGGCUGCAAACCCAGCCCAGGGAGCUGCGGGGAGGAAAGAGCCCCCCUGAGCCAGGAAGGCGGCCGGAGAUCCAGCCGGAGCUCGGAGCUGGUGGAGAAGGCUCAUGGCAGGGAGAAGCCACACAAGUGCUUGGAAUGUGGGCAGGGUUUCAGCCAGAGCUCCAAGCUGAUCCGGCACCAGAGGAUCCACACUGGGGAACGUCCCUACGAGUGUGGGGAGUGUGGGCAGGGCUUCAGCCGGGGCUGCAGCCUGACCCGGCACCAGAGGAUCCACACUGGGGAACGGCCCUACGAGUGCUUGGAAUGUGGGAAGAGCUUCAGAGACAGGUUCAAACUGAUCCGGCACCAGAGGAUCCACACUGGGGAACGGCCCUAUGAGUGUGAGGAGUGUGGGAAGAGCUUCAGAGACAGCCCCAGCCUGAUCCAGCACCAGAGGAUCCACACUGGGGAACGGCCCUAUGAGUGUGGGGAGUGUGGGAAGGGUUUCAGAGACAGUUCCAACCUCUUUGAGCACCAGGUGAUCCACACCGGGGAACGGCCCUACGAGUGCUUGGAAUGUGGGAAGAGCUUUGGGUGGAGCUCUGCCCUGAGAAUACACCAGCGCAUCCACACUGGGGAGAGGCCCUACGAGUGUGGGGAGUGUGGGAAGAGCUUUGUGCAGAGCUCUGCCCUGAGAAAACACCAGCACAUCCACACUGGGGAACGGCCCUAUGAGUGUCCCCAGUGUGGGAAGAGGUUUCAGAGCAGCUCCAAUCUCCUCCUACACGAGCGGAUUCACACAGAGGAGAGGCCCUUCCGCUGCCCCGACUGCGGGAAGGGCUUCAAGCACAACUCCAGCCUCACCAAGCACCAGCGCAUCCACACCGGGGAGAGGCCCUACGAGUGUGGGGAGUGUGGGAAGAGCUUCUCCAGGAGCUCAACAUUGAAGAAACACCAACAGAGGCACCACUAAGGGGAGCCCUGUGAGUGCCCCGAGUGAGGGAAGGGCUUCGAGUGAGGGAGGAGAGUGAGGGAAGAGCUUCAUGUGCUGCUCCAGCUCCAUCCCCCAUGGGAGGCUCCGGGCUGGAUGAUCCCCAGUGACCCCCGUUGGGCAGAGCCCUGGUGCCCCCGUAUGGGGAAUAAAACAGAGAGUAAAACAAUGGAGCCGGCAAAGGGGCCCGAUAUCUGAGGCCUGACUGAGCAGAAACUGUGGGAGACACAGACACAGUUUAAGUCUCCCUGGGCAAGAAGUGACCAAGCAUCCUGAUGUGAGACUUUGUGAUAAGAUAAUGUUCCCAGGUGACGGGAUGUCAUGAAGAAUGUGUAACCAAUGGAAAUUGUUAGCAAACAUCGAGCCCUAUAAGCACCACACAAGUAAAACCCUGUAUAAACACACCUGGUACCCUCAAUAAAAUUGGCUUCUGGUCUGAGCUCGGCUGUCCCCGUCUCUCCAUCGUGGGUAACCCCUGUUGUGGGUGAUCCCCGUUGGGUGGGGGGAAGGUGUUGGAGGGAGUUCUUUCCCUUCUCCUUGUGCUGCUGUGGUUUGGUUGGUGA